AUGGAGCCGAACGUUUACGAAACGCCCCUUCGCAAGAGCGGGCCUGUAUCGCCACCGACCUCUGGGUCCCGGCUCCGAAGCCUGUUCCAUGUCAACCAGCUGAACUCAGAAACACCAAUCAAGCGAAACCUGUUUUUAAAUCUGAGUCCUCUUAAGAAGCGAGAUCGCGGUCUUUUCAAAGUCCCGAGUACCACAAAGGCAGGCUCCGAGCAGCAGGAGAAUUGCAGACCUCCGCAGGACAAUGAGUUCGAAAGCACAGUAGACUACACCGGAGAGCUCUCCAGUCUGGUGACGAGCGACGACUCGCAGAAUCUCACCCGAAACAGCACGAUGAUCGCACGCCGCAGAGAGGAAGACCGCAUUCGCGCGUCCCAGCGAGAGCACGGGUAUUUUACCGAGGAGAUAUCCAAUUUGUCGCACAGCAGCAGUUUUCGCACGCAGAGCUCGGUGAUCGAGCUGGUUGGCUCGUCGCAGGACGAUUUCACGAUAUACACAGACGACUAUCCGAGCAACGAGGACGGCGACGCGGCGGACGAGGCCAGCGGCGUGACAGAACAGUAUCCGCAGACACAAAGUCUGCGGCCACACCAGGUUGUCGGCCCUCCUUUUCUGAAAAAUUCCUCGUACCAGUUCAGAAAAUUCGCUCCUGGCACUCAGCACUAUUUGCUCACCAAGGAGGAGUCGGCGCUGUUCAACAGCAAAAAAUACGGCCCCAUCACGCCGAAAAAAGCGUAUUUGAAAGACCACGAGGCAAAGAGAAACUUCAGCUCCGGAGAGUCGCAGAAAAACCUCCUCCAAUCAGAGUCCUUCUCCUCGGACUCAAGCACGUUCCAGCUAGACGAGUGGAACGAGUUCGGCGACCUUGAGAAAUUCUACUACCACAGAGCCCGGAUCGGCCACACCUGCCCGAGAAAUACGGCCCUGUUUUUCGUUCUUGCUUCGUUCCUCGUGCCACCAUUCUGGCUGCUCAUAUGCGUCGGCUAUUUGGACAGAACUUUUGGCCGCGUGCCGUUAGAGUACAAAGCAGCCAGCGGGGUGUUGGCGCUGUUGGCGUUGGCCGGUUGCGCGAUUGGGAUUGGCCUGGGAUUCUACUACAGUGUAAAUUGA